AUGGGUUCUAUACAAUGCGAAUUAUCGGGAUCCAUCAAGGUCGCUAUAGAUCGUGGCGGCACCUUUACCGAUGUCGUCGUGUUUUAUCCCGAUGGAACUGAGAAGAUCUUUAAGUUGCUUUCUAAAGAUCCCGAGAACUACGAUGAUGCGCCCAUCGAAGCACUCAGGCGAAUCCUGGAGGAGGUUCAUGGAAGGAGUAUUCCGAGGGGGACUCCGCUUGACCUGAGCAGAGUUGAGUCUCUGCGGAUGGGAACGACCGUGGCCACGAAUACAUUACUCGAGCGACAGGGUGCUAAGACGGCGCUGUUCAUCACACGAGGCUUCAGAGAUCUACUCAAGAUUGGAAACCAAUCCAGGCCUCAAAUGUUCGCACUCAACGUCCAGCGACCACUACCUCUGUAUAGCAAAGUGGUUGAUGUCCCCGAGCGUGUCACACUGCAUGAUUCUUCCUCCUACGGGAAAGGAGAGGCAUUUCAUGAACAGGCAGAUAUGAAUGGAGUAUCGAACAAACACACAGGCCGUGCUGGCCGUGUGGUAGACGGGGUUUCCGGCGAGCGGGUACGGAUCGUAGAGGGGCUUGACAUGGAGGCCACGAGGAAGGCGUUGGAGGAGACCUACAACGAGGGCUUUCGUAGUAUUGCCAUCUGUCUCAUUCACUCCUAUACCUUUCCCGACCAUGAACAGGCCAUUGCACAGGCAGCGAAACAGGUUGGCUUCACGCAGGUUUCGCUCUCGAGUGAACUUUCCCCGGCUAUCAGAAUGCUCUCGCGCGCAAACUCUGCUGUGACGGACGCAUAUCUGACCCCGGCUAUACAGGCAUACCUUGAAGGCUUCAAAGCAGGGGUGGACCGAAAGAGCCUCGAGACUGUUAACUGGCGUCUUAUGCAGUCUGAUGGAGGACUGGUUCAUCCCUCGAAGCUGUCUGGUCUCCGCGCGCUGCUUUCUGGGCCGGCAGGAGGAGUCAUCGGCUACGCAAGGACAUCAUAUAUGCCAGAAAACCCCGUUCCAGUGGUCGGAUUUGACAUGGGAGGAACUUCAACAGAUGUUUCACGGUAUGCGGGAUCCCCUGAGCUGACCUUCGAGGCCAUGACUGCGGGAGUGCUUGUGCAGGCUCCUCAGCUUGAUAUCAACACCGUGGCGGCUGGGGGUGGGAGUAUCUUGGCCUGGCGCAAGGGAAUUCUAGCUGUUGGACCUGAGAGUGCCGGUUCUCACCCAGGUCCAGCGUGCUACCGCAAAGGAGGCCCAGCAACGGUGACAGACGCAAAUCUUGUACUCGGGCGUAUCGUCCCGAAAUACUUCCCAUCAAUCUUUGGCGAGACCCAGGAUCAACCGCUUGAUUUCGACGCUUCUUUCCGGAAGAUCUCGGCUUUGGCAGAUGAGAUCAACAAAGAUCAGGGAACGCAGCUGUCACCGUAUGAAGUCGCUGAUGGCUUCAUCGCCGUUGCGAACGAGGCUAUGUGUCGGCCAAUUCGGGCGCUCACAGAAGCCAGAGGACACCAGAUGUCUGAUCACAUUCUGGCUGCAUUUGGCGGUGCUGGCGGCCAGCAUGCCUGUGAUAUCGCCCAGGCACUCCGGAUCGAACGAGUGGUCGUGCACAAGUAUUCUUCGGUACUCUCAGCGUACGGGAUGGCACUGGCAGACACAAUCCAAGAGGAGAGACUGCCCUACACUGACGUUUUGUCCACUGAAGUCUUGCCUCAUGUACAGACAGUGUUUGAUGAGCUUCGACUGAGGACGGUCAAGUCUAUCCAGCAGAUGGAUGCAACGUGCAAGUAUACCAGUUCGAGCUACUACCUAAAUCUGCGAUACGAAGGGAGCGACACGUCAUUAAUGAUCGAGAAACCUGACGACGGCUUGGACUUUGAAGAGGCCUUUGUCCGUGAGCAUUACCGGGAAUUCGGAUUUACUCCCACAGGGAGAAGAAUAUUGAUCGAUGAUAUCCGGGUCCGUACAACGGCCAAGGCCUCUACUGAGGAUAAAGUCGGCCUGCAAGAAUUGGACCAUCUCAAGGAACGGAACCCUGCCAGAUCGAGAGAGACAACACUGAUGUUCUUCAAUGGUGGUGGAAUGGUUAAUGUACCUCUCUUCCACCUCAAGGACCUCACGCCUGGAGACACCAUCACUGGCCCUGCUGCGGUCAUCGAUAAUACGCAGACGAUAAUCAUCUCUCCAAAAUGCACCGCAACAACGCUCUCUUCAAUGCUUGUCAUCGAUGUGAAUGCCAAACUUGCAACACCGGCCUCUGCCACAGAGGACCCUAUCCAGCUGUCCGUCUUCGCCAACCGCUUCAUGGGCAUCGCCGAGCAGAUGGGACGGGCCUUGCAAAAGACAUCCGUCAGCACGAACAUCAAAGAGCGUCUAGAUUUUAGCUGUGCCAUCUUCUCCGCCGAUGGAGGGCUCGUCGCCAAUGCGCCGCACGUGCCUGCUAUGCUCGGAAGCAUGGCCUUUUCCGUGAAGGGGCAGAUCGACUACUGGAAAGGUAAUAUCAGGAAGGGAGAUGUCUUCUUGUCAAACUCACCUUCAGCGGGAGGGACCCAUCUGCCUGACUUGACUGUCAUCACGCCCAUAUUCGACGAGAAGGGGGAAAAACUGCUCUUCUGGACUGCAUCGCGAGGGCACCAUGCUGACAUUGGUGGCAUCGUGCCGGGGUCGAUGCCAGCAACUUCCAAGGAAUUGUGGGAGGAGGGAGCGGUGAUUGAGGCCAUCAAGGUCAUUGAAGACGGCGUUUUCCAAGAGGAACGUGUGCGGAAGGUUAUGGUCGAAGACCCUGCGCGCUUCCCAGGCUGCCAGGGGACUCGUACGUACCAGGACAACCUAACAGAUAUCAAGGCACAGGCGGCGGCGAAUAAUAAAGGAUCUAUCCUGGUUUCUAAGCUCAUCAAAGAGUACACUCUUGAGACGGUAAUGCUCUAUAUGGAAGCAGUCCAACGGGCCGCUGAAAGUGCAGUCAGAGAGACAUUGAAGUGCCUCUGCCGCGAAAAAGGCCGCCAUGUAUUCCAGGCAGAGGAUUACAUGGACGAUGGAACGAGGAUCAAGCUCAAAAUAACCAUAGAUCCAGAGACAGGGGCAGCAGACUUCGACUUCAGGGGCACCAGUCCCCAGGCUCACGGCAAUUGGAACGCGCCGAUAGCAGUUAGCAACGCAGCAAUCAUUUACACGCUGCGGUGUCUUGUCAACGCCGAUAUCCCGCUGAACCAGGGCUGCAUUUUGCCCAUCAACAUCAUUAUUCCCGAGAACAGUCUCCUCAGCCCUUCCCUGGGCGCUGCAGUCGCCGCAGGAAACGGCCUGACGACACAGCGACUGGUCGACGUCAUCCUAAAGGCGCUGCAAAUCUGCGCCGCAAGCAACGGAUGCAUGGCCAAUUUCACAUUUGGGCUCCCGCAGACCCCCGACCACCCUGGCUUUGGAUACUACGAGACCAUCGCGGGCGGCAGCGGUGCAGGACCAACCUGGCAGGGAGAAGAGGGCGUCCACUGCCACAUGACCAACACGCGCAUCACGGAUCCGGAGAUCCUCGAGCGACGCUACCCCAUCAUCCUGCGGAAAUUCGCACUUCGACCAGGAAGCGGCGGCCGUGGGAGGUACAGGGGUGGUAACGGCGUUGUCCGCGAGGUGGAGUUCCUGAUCGACAUGCACGUCGGCAUCCUUUCGGAACGGCGCACAUUCCGGCCGUACGGCAUGGCAGGAGGAGAGCCAGCCGCGCCCGGGCAGAAUCUUUGGCUGCGCCGCGAGGACGGACGCGUGGUCAAUGUGAGUGGGAAGGCCAGCUUCUACGCGAAGGCCGGGGACAGGAUGCGCGUCUGCACGCCCGGCGGCGGAGGGUACGGGACAGCGACAGACGAAGCAGAGAGCGAGGAGAUAGACGCACUGAGUGCUGAUGUUGAGGACCUGAUGUCAGUAUUGAAAGCAUGGUAUUCUUGA